UUUGCAUAUGGAGCAAUGUUUCAUCUGGAUUAAAGUUCCUAAAAUUAGGAGUCAUCAUGAUUGUCAUUCAGAAGUCAGAAAUAGGAUCUACGGAACUGGAUGAAGACUGGCAAUGAAGGAAUCUUCCGAAUGUGAAUUUGUCGUAGAAAGAUCUGUUUCGAAAUUCAACGGGAUUCUAUUCCGCUUAAAACAUAAAAAAUCUAAAUUGACAAAGAAGAUACACUUGCUAUAAAUGAUCCGCUGGAGAAAUGAAGACUUCGUUAAUAAAUCACAUCUUCCUUGCAAUGAUUUUUGUUAUAAGCUUGAAUCGUCAGUCGUGCAUCGCCAAAACCAUUCCCUAUCCUCAAGGAAAUGUAGAGAAGCCAGCAACAGUUAAGGUGAAGGUCGUAGAUACAGAUAAAAGACAAAGAAGGUAUAUCGACCAGUUUCCUGACCAAUUAGAUGUUGACGUAUCAACAGAUGAAUUGCAUGAACAUUUUCAAAAUCUAAAAAGAAAUCAUCACGUUCCGCAUAUUAAGUAUGUUCACAUGAUGGAAAAUGGAGCAGUUAAAAAGUUCAGAUUUGAAAGAAAAGAGACAAUGGCAUAUUAUAUUGAUGUUGAGCAUGUUGCCGCUUUUGAAGUUUCUUUGGCAUCAGAGGGAUCUGAAGAUUUUGAUAUUUAUCCUACCAGCAAUAGCUGCCUAGUGCAAUAUGAAAACUUGAAAAUCAAUGACAUCCAUCAGUCCGAAGAACAAGUAAACAGCCCAGUGUCCGUUAUUAGUGGGAUCAUUUCGUGCUUGAAAACAGUGAAAUUGUUCACCUUGUGA